CUUCUUCUUUUUCUUUUUUGCAUUUUAUUAAUAUGCACAAAACCAAUCUCACUGUGACCAAAUUGCGCAGCUCUAACUUCGUAUGUUAUUUGUGGUCAGCGAGAAUUAUUUGUCAGAAGAGAAAAAUUCCUGACUGAAAAACAAGCGAGUAGAAGAGACUCUGGUCCCACUUUGUCACUAUAUCCAAUCAAUUCGAAGAGCAGAUUCACUAGAGUGUAAGCAUUUGUAAUAACUUGACAAGUAUCUGGAUCUGUUCUUAUACUUUAAACAAACUGCAUAAGAACUCCUCAUAGGAAGUCAAGAUAGUAUGGUAGAAAUUUCAUAGGUGUUAGUUAAUCUUAUGAUGAUGAAGUAAAGAAGAAAGUGUGCAUUGUACGUAUGAGUUGCAGGUUUUGGGGUGAAUUGCUAAAGCGUGCUGCAUGGUUUACCACCAUUGUAGGGAGAAAAGGGAAGUUGGCAAGUAAAGGUUUGGAAUUGUACACAUUACAAAAUUCCCUGCCCCAUCAUCCAUUCUUAUUCCUUCACGUGUCCCCCAAAACUACACAACGAAUCCCAGCCACACCUCUUCUACAUAACCCUCCACCAACAACAUAUUCUCCUUAUCCUAACCAACAACCUUAAUUUCCCUCUUUCCUUUUCAACAAUGGAAUCCCAUGCCUCCAAUUCAAACUCUCAUCCUAACCAUAAUAACAACCACCACCACCACCACCCGCCUAGGUUCAAACCCAGCCAACCCAUCUCCGACCGAAUAGUCCGUGCCCUCCGCCACCGUCUCCGCCUCCUCCACCGUGCCGGCUCCACCUUCUUCAUAUUCGGUGCCACCGGUAACGUCUACACGGUCACCCUCUCCUCCACCCCCUCCUGCACCUGCCCUGAUCGUACAACCCCAUGCAAGCACAUUCUCUUUGUUUUCAUUCGAGUUCUGGGCGUGUCCCUUGAUGAUGUCUGUCUAAGGAGGAGGACCCUUCGUCCCUGCCAGCUCCAACGUCUCCUCGGCAAGCCCACGUUGCCGGAGGCAGUGGCGGGCGGCACCCUCCGGCAGAGGUUCCACCAACUGUUCUUCGGUGGAGGGUCAAGGAGGCCAAAGAUAGAGACGGAGGAGGGUGCGACGUGCCCGGUUUGCCUUGAAGAAAUGGAGAAGGAGCAAAAGCUGGUUGCAUGUGGGACAUGUCGUAACCCUGUUCAUGAAGAGUGCUUGAUGAGGUGGAAGAGAACAAGGGGAAGAAGAUCGGCUAGUUGUGUGAUUUGUAGAGCAAGGUGGAGGGAUACGGCGGAGCAAGAUCAAUAUCUGAACCUUUCUGCGUAUGUUAGUGAAGAUGACAUCGGAGAACCUGCUGGGGGGCUCUGCACUGGCUGAGUUUCAUGUACAUAUAAUAUAAUGUUUGAUGUGUGGUUAAAGAAUCAUAAUCACAAUUAACUGAAACUGUUUAUGUUGAAACUAUGAUUAGUCAGAAUACUUGUGUAUUGUUUCUGUA